AUCCGGAAAAGAGGGGAGAGACAACACCACCGAUUUACAGCAGCGAACUUGAACCUGAACCGCAACACCAUCCAUUUUCACAGCAGGCUUCUCCAACCCAACCAUGCACCGCCUUCAACGCCCGUAGCUAGGACAGCCAGAUCAUACCCCCAUCGUCUCUCCUACUAUGGCGCCCUCCGCCCUCCAAUCUCCAGCCCUCCCUGUGCGCCAGGAGAAGGCCUACCCGCCCGCCCGCAUCUACAAUGUAAAGGACACCAAGUUCGACCAGUACAUUGCCCCCCAGCCAGAUGGCCGCGAGCAGGCUCUGGCCCGACCGGAUGGCACUGUCGCUAUCGUCAUUGACAAUGGCUCGUCUGCUGUCCGAGCCGGUUGGUCAUUCGAGCCAAGCCCGCGAUUGGUCAUUCCUCCCAUCAUGGCCAAAUACAGGGACAGAAAGUUAGGCAAGACGUACUCUUUCGCCGGGUUCGACUGCUAUGCCGACACAACUGCGAGAGGGCACAUUCGAAACGCCUUCGAAGCUGGGACAGGCAUCGUUAGUAAUUGGGACGUGGAAGAGCAUGUGCUGGAUUGGACCUUUCUAAAGCUAGGCAUGAACAACGCCGACGGCUCUAUUGACAUGCCUAUUGUUAUGACAGAGGCUGUCGCAAACCUGCCCUAUUCAAGGAAAUCUAUGAAUGAGAUCAUCUUUGAGUGCUACCAAGCCCCCUCCAUCGCCACGGGCAUUGAUUCUCUGUUUUCCUACCGAUACAAUAAAGGACAGACCGGGCUGGUUGUGUCUUCUUCGUACAGUGCCACUCAUGUCAUACCCGUUUUCAAUGCGAAGGCUGUACUCUCCCAGGCCAUCCGAUUGAACUGGGGAGGAUGGCAUGCUGCUGAAUACCUCCUUAAACUCCUUCGUCUCAAAUACCCGUCAUUCCCCGGAAAGCUCACUGCUACUCAAGCCGAGUACAUGAUCCGCGACUACUGCUACAUCUCCGAGUCAUACGACGAAGAACUACGAUCAUACCUGGAUUGGACCGGGUUGGAAGACCGGGACAUCGUUAUCCAGUAUCCCUUCACCGAAGAGGUCAUAGUGCAGAAGAGCGAGGAAGAACUCGCCCGUAUCGUAGAAAGGAAAAAGGAGAGCGGCCGUCGUUUACAGGAACAAGCAGCUAAGAUGCGCCUGGAGAAGCUAAUGCGGAAGGAACAAGAAUUGGAGUACUACAAGAAACUUCAGGAAAAAAUUACCGAUGCGAACAAGAAGGACACUAAACGCCUUCUCGACGGAGACGACUUGAAGGACGAGGCGCAUCUAGAGCGGAAGAUUAAAGAGCUAGAUAAGUCGAUCCGGCGCGCUCGCACAAAGGAUGUGGGAGGUGAUCCCGAGGAGGAGCAGGAAGCCCCAGACUUCAGUCUCCUCGAAGUCCCCGAUGACCAACUCGACGAAGCCGGCCUUAAGACGAAGCGCCACCAGCGCCUGCUCAAAUCAAAUCACGAAGCGCGAGCGCGCGCGAAGGCCGAGAAGGAAGCCGAGAAGGCUCGCGUUGCUGAAGAAGAGCGGUUAGACCGAGAGCGGCGCGACAAUGAUCUAGAGGGUUGGCUUGAGGAGAAACGUGUGGCACGCAGCCUGACGCUUCAGAAGAUGAAGGAGCGCGACCGUCUCAAAGCCGACCUCGGGAACCGCAAGUCCCUAGCUUCCCAGAUUCGAAUGAAGUCGAUCGCGAAUCUCGCUUCGGAUAACCCUCGAGGAAAACGCCGCCGUGGCGGAGAUGACGAUAAUUUUGGCGCUAACGACGACGACUGGGGCGUUUACAGACAGAUCGCUGUGGGAGAGGGUGGUAGCGACGACGAAGACGGCGAGGAGGAUCUCGAAGGAACCCUCAAGGCACUCGAGGAAGACCUGUUGCGGUACGACGAUGCAUUCACUCACGAACAUACGUGGGAGGCGCAGAAUGACUGGAACAAAAGCCUUCUACACGCGUUCCUGCGCGGGCCACGGCCCUUCGAUCCGUCUUCACAGGCGCAGAUCCACCAGAUCCAUCUCAAUGUCGAACGCAUCCGCGUUCCUGAGGUUGUAUUCCAACCCUCUAUCGCAGGUUUGGAUCAAGCCGGCCUAGUCGAGAUCACUGGCGACAUACUAACGCAGCGACUCGCGGGUAUUUCCGGCCUCAACCGCGAUGACUUCCUAAAGGACAUAUUCCUGACCGGUGGUAACACGCUCUUUGAGAAUUUCGACAACCGUCUCCGCCAGGGCUUGGCGCCAUUGCUCCCCAUGGACGCGCCGCUGAAGGUCCGUCGAGCCGGGGAUCGGCUACUCGACGCCUGGAAAGGCGCUGCUGAAUGGGUCGGGUCCUCAAGUUGGAAGGCAGCUACUGUGACGAAGGCGGAGUACGAGGAGAAGGGCCACGAUUACUUGAAGGUAUGUCAAACCGGUUUCGCUAUGCCCUUUCGUCCUUUCCAUCUCGGCGAGGUCCUCAUCGCCUGCGCAUCCUACACGGGUCCCGUGGUCUGUGAUGAUUUCUGCUGCUGGCCACAAGCUCGCUAUAUAUCAUGACGAGGUGCCUUACGACUCCGCCUUGAUGAUGGCAUGAGCAUGACAUGGGAAAUUCUUACGCCUGAUUUCCCAGAAGUUCCGUUGGGGGACCUACAUAUACGCGAUUCGUGUCUGUUCCCUUCAGCC